AUGGGAACUCCCGAAUUCCCAGAUCUGGGAAAGCACUGCUCUGUCUCCGAUUGCAAGCAGAUCGAUUUCUUGCCCUUUACCUGCGAUCGCUGUCACCAGGUGUAUUGUUUGGAGCACAGAAGUUAUAUUAAACAUCAGUGUACAAAAGCUGACAAGCAAGAUGUCACUGUAGUUAUAUGUCCACUUUGCGCCAAAGGAGUUCGCCUAGUUCCUGAUCAAGAUGCAAACAUAACUUGGGAGAAUCAUGUCAACACUGACUGCGACCCAUCGAACUAUGAGAAAGUCACGAAGAAGAAAAAAUGCCCUGUCCCAGGAUGCAGAGAGAUAUUAGGAUUCUCAAACACAAUUAAGUGCAGGGACUGUUCGGUGGACUACUGUUUAAAGCAUCGAUUUGGACCUGAUCAUAAAUGUCCUGGCCCCAGAAAAGUGGAAACAAGUUUUUCAUUUAGGAGUCUUUUAAAUGGGAGUAAAAAACAGGAGACCAAACCCCAGUCAAGUGCAUCUGCAUCAUCUAGAUGGUCUACAAGCUUUGUUAAUGCAAUUUCUAACAUUCGAGCUUCGGCCGAGGCUGGUGUGUCAAAGUUGAGUGAAGUUAACCAAUCGUGGUGGACAGAAUCAGUUGGGGUGGGGCCAAGCAAUAGCAGUGCUCAAGUGGAGCAAUGCCCUCAGUGUGGUGCCAAGUUUACCUCUGUUACUACUUUGGUGGACCAUGUGCAAAAAGUUCAUGAAAGAAGUGGGAAUAGUUCUGGAGCAAAGGUUACAAUUGAUGCUUGCCCCAAGUGUAGUAGAGGAUUUCGGGAUCCUGUUGCUCUUGUGCAACAUGUGGAGAGGGAUCAUGGUGGCAAUUCUAGAUCAUAG